CGCCGCUGCCAUGGUGGAGAGCAGCAAGGUGCGGCAUGCCUAGGCUGGGGGCCUUUGGCGGCGCCCGCGCGGGGCUGGGACUGUUGCUGGGCACCGCCUCGGGCCUGGGAUUCCUGUGUGCCCUUUACAGCCAGCGGUGGAAACGGACCCGGCAUCAUGGCCAGAGCCUGCCCAACUCCCUGGGUUACGCGCAGACUUCGGAGCCGGAGCACCAGGUGAGGCCAUUGCGGGCAAUCCCAGGUGAGGCUGGAGAUGCUGCGGUGCUGCCCAGCCUUCCACGAGCAGGGCAGGAGGAGGUGCUGGACCGCCUGGACUUUGUGCUGACCAGUCUGGUGGCCCUGCGGCGGGAGGUGGAGGAGCUGCGGAGCAGCCUGCAGGGGCUGGCUGGGGAGAUUGUUGGGGAGGUUCGAUCCCAUUUGGAAGAGAACCAGAGAGUGGCGCGGCGACGAAGGUUCCCGUUUGCCCGGGAGAGGAGCGACUCCACCGGCUCCAGCUCCGUGUACUUCACGGCCGCGUCGGGAGCCGCGCUCACAGACGCCGAGAGCGAAGGCGGUUACACAACAGCCAAUGCCGAGUCUGACUACGAGCGGGACUCCGACCGGGAGAGUGAGGAUGGGGACGAUGAAGUGAUCUGUGAGACUGUGAAGAUGGGGAGAAAGGAUUCUCUGGACCUGCAGGUGGCUUCCAGCCAGGUGCCUGCCGCCCUGGAGGCUGGAGGCUGCUCUGGCCUGGAGGAGGUGCUGCUGCCCCUCCUUCGGCAGGCGGACGAGCUGCACCGGGGCAGUGAGCAGAGCAAGCGGGAGGGCUUCCAGCUGCUGCUCAACAAGAAGCUUGAGCAUGGAAGCCAGCAGGACUUUCUCUGGCGCCUGGCUCGGGCCUACAGUGACAUGUGCGAGCUCAGCGAGGAGGCGAGCGAGAAGAAGACAUACGCCCAGGAGGGAAAAGAAGCUGCCGAGGCUGCUCUGGAGAAGGGGGACGAGAGCGCUGACUGUCACCAAUGGUAUGCGGUGCUUUGCGGUCAGCUGGCUGAGCAUGAGGGCAUCCAGAAGCGUGUCCUGAGUGGCUUUAGCUUCAAGGAGCAUGUGGACAAAGCCAUCGCUCUGCAGCCGGACAACCCCAUGACUCACUUUCUACUUGGCAGAUGGAACUACCAGGUUUCUCACCUAACCUGGCUGGAAAGAAAAACCGCCACAGCCUUGUCUGAGAGUCCUCUAAGCGCCACCGUGCAGGAUGCACUCCAGAGCUUCCUCAAGGUUGAAGAACUACAGCCAGGAUAUUCCAAAGCAGGGAGGGUCUAUAUUUCCAAGUGCUACAGAGAACUGGGGAAAAACACGGAAGCUAGAGAGUGGAUGAAGUUGGCCCUGGAGCUGCCAGUCGUCACUAAGGAGGACUCAGCUUUCCAGAAGGACCUGGAAGAAUUGGAAGUAAUUUUAGGAGAAUAAUCAGAUUUUGAUGGCCUUUACGGGGAAAGAAAUCAAGUCUUUAGGCUCUGCUUAGAUCAGGAAACUGAGCAAGACUGUUUAAGGGAGGGUCCGAACUCUUGGGUUUUGACGGGUACCUGCUACUGUUGCCCCAGUUUUUCUUGCCCGUUGUCCACGGGUUAAUUUAUUCUAAUCCCUUACCUAAUCUGAAAUUGGGGAUGUACUUGAGGCCUGGGUUUUUGUUCUCUCCCUCAAGCGAAUGCUUAAAAAAUCAAGACUACUAGAGGACUGAAGGCUACUUCAAAGCGCUAUAGGGACAAAAUACAGAACCGUCCUUGCCAAUAUUUUUCACUAAUAUUAACAGCAAAGUAUACAGCCCUAAAUCACACCUGCCUACCAGGGUACAAGGGCGGGCCAGGGCAGGUCACAGAUACGGCCUUCUCUCACCUAGCAUGUGGAUUCUAACUGUUUCCUGGGCUGGACCACUUGGCUUUUGGCAGCUUUGGGGGUGACAGCAGGUGGCAUAACAUGACGCAACAGCCUGUGAGACUCUGUAAAAUGAUGAUCUGAGGAGUUGCCUGGAAUAUAUAUUUUGUUACAAACUUGAAAUAAACCAAAUUUGACUACAAGUGAUUAUAUAUCCCUUUUCUGUG